UCAUGGAGUUGGCUAAAACCUCGGACAUGACAAAACUCCACCAGGCUGUGGCCGCCGGGGACUACAACCUGGUGCAGAGGAUUCUGAAGAAGGGUCUUUGUGAUCCAAACCACAAGGAUGCGGACUGGAAUGACAGGACCCCGCUUCACUGGGCUGCAAUCAAAGGGCAAGUGGAGGUGGUGCAUCUCCUCGUGGAGUACGGAGCCAGACCCUGCCUGGUAACGGACGUGGGCUGGACCCCGGCGCACUUUGCAGCAGAAGCGGGCCAUCUGAGCGUCCUGAGAGCCCUCCACGCGCUGCACGCGGCCAUCGACGCCCCGGACUUCUUCGGAGACACCCCCAAGAGGAUGGCGCUCAUCUACGGCCAGACAGCCUGCGCCGCCUUCCUGGACGAGGCAGAGCCUGAAUGCAGGGACCGCCGCCAAAAGGGACUGCUCCUGGAUGAGAGAGACCCAGACUGGGACUUGAAGAAAAGAGAGAUGGAGCUGGCCCUCCCUUCCCCAGAUAAAAAAGCCAGCAAGAGGAAUGAGCAAAGCCAAACCUGUCCCAAGGCUCAGCCAAACCAAGGAGGCGUGGCGAACGUGAGAAAACAAGAGAAGCUCAGGAAGCAAGCCUGGAGACUUUGAUGGAGCCGGACAGGUGGUUCAGACUCCUGCUCAUCCACGUGCCUUUACUCAGACUUACCCAGGCCUCUACACAAGGUCAUGCAGUCUGAAAUUCCUGAAGGGGGCUGGAGGGAUGGCUUAGCUCU